AAAUUGUAAAGAAAUGCAAAUGGCGCGCAGCUUCUGUGUUUGUAGCACGUGUUAAUGACGUUUAUAAUAGAAAAAUAUUUUUCAUAAUUUUUGCGAAAUAUUAUUUGCUGUAAGCUUUAUAUUAUAAAGAAAUAUUUGAAAUAUUUUUUAAAGAUGCCGGACAUGAAAUAUAUAUUAGUGACUGGUGGAGUAAUUAGUGGUGUUGGUAAAGGUGUGAUUGCUAGUUCUUUUGGUACUAUUUUAAAAAGCUGCGGCAUCGAUGUUACUUCAAUAAAAAUUGACCCAUAUAUAAAUAUCGACGCAGGAACAUUUUCGCCGUACGAGCAUGGUGAAGUGUACGUAUUAGAUGACGGUGGCGAAGUCGACCUUGAUCUUGGGAAUUAUGAGCGCUUCUUGGACAUAACAUUGCAUAGAGAUAACAACAUAACCACUGGCAAGAUAUACCAGCAAGUUAUCGAGAGAGAGCGUCGUGGGGACUAUCUCGGCAAAACUGUACAAGUAAUACCACACAUAACUGAUUCUAUACAAGAAUGGGUUCAAAGAGUGGCUCACAUUCCUGUCACACCAGACAAUGCCCCACCCAGAGUGUGUAUAGUCGAGCUUGGUGGAACUAUAGGGGAUAUAGAAGGGAUGUCAUUUGUGGAAGCCUUCAGACAAUUCCAAUUUAGAGUUAAGAGAGAGAAUUUUUGUUGUGCUCAUGUUUCCCUGGUACCAAUGCCAAAAUCAACUGGAGAGCCAAAAACAAAGCCCACACAAUCGUCUGUGCGUGAGUUGCGCGGUCUCGGCCUAUCACCCGAUUUGAUCCUGUGCCGUUCAGAGAAACCAAUUAAUCACACUGUUAAAGAGAAAAUAUCUAACUUCUGUCAUGUUGGACCUGAACAGGUGAUAUGUAUUCAUGAUUUGAGCUCAGUAUAUCAUGUGCCGUUAUUGAUGGAAGCCCAAGGCGUUGUCCAAUAUUUAAAUGAGCGACUACAACUGGGCAUAUCUAUGCCGCGACCCGGAAAGUUCAUGCGAAAAUGGCGUAACUUAGCCAAGCGAGUAGAGAAUCUGCGCAAAGAGGUAAACAUAGCUCUUGUAGGCAAGUACACCAAGUUGGAGGACAGCUAUGCUAGCGUCACGAAAGCGUUGCAACACGCGUGCAUAGCCGCCGGCUGCAAACUCAAUCUGACUUACAUAGAGGCAGUCAACCUGGAGAAACAGAUGAAAAUAGAUGAUCCCGUAAACUAUCAUAAAGCGUGGCAGGACCUGUGUAAAAGCGAUGGUGUGAUAGUUCCUGGAGGUUUUGGCCAACGAGGAAUGGAAGGCAAAAUAGAAGCAUGCCAGUGGUGCCGUGAGACACAAAAACCCAUGCUCGGAAUAUGUCUUGGAUUACAAGCUGCUGUCAUAGAAUUUGCUAGAAAUGUGUUGGGAUUGAAAGGAGCUAAUAGUACAGAAGUGAACCCUAAAUGCGAUGACAAGUUAGUGAUAGACAUGCCAGAACACCAUCCCGGUAAUCUCGGCGGCACAAUGAGGCUGGGAACAAGGAAAACUUAUUUGACACCGAGUAUUAUAAUGCAGUUAUACAAAAAGGACGUAAUCGAAGAGCGUCACAGGCACAGAUAUGAAGUGAACCCGGAGUACAUCGACAGACUCGAGGCGGCCGGACUCCGCUUCGUGGGCAAGGACGAGACCAAGACUCGCAUGGAAGUGGCCGUGGUGGACAACCACCCUUAUUACGUCGCCGUGCAGUUCCACCCGGAAUACCUGUCACGGCCUUUGUCGCCUAGUCCACCAUUUUUAGGACUCAUCCUGGCAUCUUUAGGCAAAUUGAAAAGUUACAUGAGCAAAGGCUGUAGACUUAGUCCUAGAAAUCAAUCAGAUGUUAGUUCAGACGAAGAAGAUUUAUCAGUGUCUUCCCUCAGCUUAGCAGAUGAAAAAACGGUCGUAGAAAAUGGAAAACAAAACGGUCAAGUAAAUGGGAUAGACGGCGCUAAUGAACAGAGUAAAUAAAAUAUUACUAUUUUAUAGUAGCAUUUUUUGUUUAUUUUUAGAUGUGCUAUUCUUAAGCAACUGUUUUUUUUAUAGUGCUUGACUCAAUGCUAUUCUUAUUUAUGCUUAAGAUGAAAGUUUAUGUAUUUCAUAGAAACAGGGUGUAUAACAAUUGAUAUUUAAACCAUUCACUUAUUACUGUAAUAAAUACUCAAAUUUUGCUAUCUAAAUAUUACUGCUUUAACUUAUGAAAAAAUAUAACUCAAGUAUCUCUCAGUGCCCAGUGCUUAGUGAAAAAUUGAUAAAAUAAACAAAAUAUUCUUGUUCCCCUAGUCAUUUAGGCGUACCGCAUAAUAUAGAUUUAAGUGUAAAUUUGUAUAGCAUUCGAUGCUAUGUGAAUCAUCAAACUGUGCCGACUAAUGUAUUUAUAAGUUUAUAAAAUUUACACAUUGUCGCUCAUCAUCUUGAUUGUUCUUUAUUCUCCAAUUUUAUAAUGUCAUUAUUCAUAUUCAUACAUAAUCUCGAAAAUAAUUGAAAAAGGUAAUAUUUUCAUAAGGUUGUUCUUUAAUUAUGAAUUAAUAUGUAAGUUAAUACAACUCUAACAUGUUUUUUUUAUAUUUUUGUGCUUUGAUUAAGAAUAUCAGAUUUUUGUUUUAAGUUUAUUGUAUUAAAAUGUAGAUUAAGUUAAAAUGUAUCAGAUUUCGAUAUAUUAAGGUAACAAUUUGUAUGAUUAGUGUUAAAUAUCCGUCUCGAAUAUCAGACUUGUUAUCUUAAUAGUGACAUUGCAAUGAUUGUUUGUACUUGUUAUUCAUCUUUAUAGAAUUAUCUAAUUGAAAAUACACUUCUAAUUUGCGUACAUUUAAAGGACUGAAUUUAUAUGUUGCCCCAUAAUGAAUAAUAUAAAUUUUAUUGUGAUGUUAAAAUAAUUAUUAAAGGUGAUGAUAGGGCUGUUAAAAAUGUAUACUAUAUAUAUUAUAUUUUAUGGACAAAAAUGUACUACAUAAUGUUUAUUGAGCGGACUGAGUGAUAUUAGUCAGAGUAAUAAAAAUUAUAUUGAAGUAUUACGCUUAAUUGUGUACUCCAGAUAGGAAUAAAAUUAUCUAAGUAAAAGGUAUAGCUGGCUUGCAAAUCCAUCAUGCCUUUAAUAGUACUUAUUACAUAAACAUAUGAAGUGUAUUCUGCUCACAGCGACAUAGAAUAUUAUUUACCUACAUCGAUUAUUCCCAGUGUCGUGAAUAUGUACUGAUGCAAGCAUUCCAUUAUGUAUUAAACAGGCAGUUCUUAACAAUCUAUACAGUUUGUAGUUAUGUUAAUUGAACAUAAUAAAGUGUUGCUCUGCUA